AUGGAGGAAGAGAGAAAGGUCGACCGAUCGGACGUUGAGCAUCUUGAGGACGACAAUUGUGGCAAUACUGGCGCAGUUGAAAAGGGGGUCUUUGGUGAGGUUGUUAAAGGAAUCGAUGAUGCCAUCGAUGUGGGAUAUGGAGAUAUGGCUCGUGUGGACUUUAAGUUGACUAGGAAGGUGACGAAGUCGUCAAUUUUGUCAAUAGCACAACUCAAGAAGUCAAAACUAGGGUCGAGGUUAGCAACAGUUGCGAGUGCGAAUGGCUUGCAGAGGAGAGACAACUCGGAGAAUUGUGUGGAUUUUUCAUGGCUCCUUUUUUGUUGCAUAUCAUUCCUCGUUUUUCAGUUUAUUUAUUUAUUUUUAAUAAAAGAGCAAAAGAAUAAUAUUCUUGUAUUUAUAUACAAAAAUGAUGCAGAUACAUUCUCAAAACCCGCAUCUGGUUCUGAUGAGCCGCAGCAGCAGCAAAGUGGUUGGUUUCAAGUGUUCUCAAUUGCUUAUUAUAGGCCUUACUUCGAUGUCGAAACAGCAGAUGUUAUGGAGAGGAUUAAGGAUUCACUUUUUCCAUUUAAAGGAAGCUUUUCUGAAAAAACUUCUAACAACCCAGAUUUGUAUGGACCAUUUUGGAUCUGCACAACCUUAACAUUUGUGGCAGCUUCGAUUGGCACAUUUGUUACCUACGUGGCACACAAGCUACAGAAAAAAGAAUGGAACUAUGACGUAAAUUUGGUGACUUGGUCCGCUGGUUUGUUCUAUGGUUAUGUCACUGUUGUUCCUGUUGGAUUGUAUAUAAUCCUCAAAUACUCCUCCGUCCCUUCUGGCCUCGUUCAGCUGUUCUGCCUCUAUGGCUACUCGCUGUUUAUCUUCAUUCCCGCUUUGUGUCUAUCUGUUGUUCCUUUGGAACUGUUCAGAUGGGUGGUUGCUGGUGUAGCAGGGUUCAUGUCGGCAACCUUUGUUGCACUCAAUCUCCGAAACCAUAUCAAGUCUGCCGGUGAAAGGUGGUUCUUGAUUGUGACCGGGAUCUUUCUGUUGCAGCUGGCUCUAUCCAUUGUACUAAAGCUUUAUUUGUUCACCAUCACAGUCUGAUAAUAAUAUAGUAUAUCAUUGAGCAGCUCGGACUUUUUGCUAUAGUUAACAUAGAAAGGCCUUUCUUGCCCCAUGAUUUUUUGUCAUUUAAACUUCCAUAGAUGUAUUAUUCAUCAUUUAAAUCCAAUUAUAUUGAUUCAUUUUUGGGAAUAUAUACAAUUAGAUC